AUGCGCUGGAUCACCUCAUUCCUAUCACUGCUGGCGGGCACCUCUCUGGCACAAACCUUCAUCCCAGCCCCCCAGCAUACAACAGUCAUCACAUCAACACUCUUCGAAGGGGCAGAAAUCUCCUUUAAAAAGGUUCGGGAUUAUCAUUCCCGCAUAUGUGAGACCACGGAAGGUGUAAACUCAUACACAGGAUACGUCAAGAUUCCAAAACAUCUCCUUCCAGAUGCAAGUGGGUGGCCAGAAGGCCUGUCGGCCAAAUUGUUCUUUUGGUACUUCGAGGCUAGGAACAACCCAACCACUGCACCAACGUCACUGUAUAUGGGCGGUGGCCCUGGAACAACUUCCUUUGAUGGGAUGUCGGAUUUUCCAUGCUUCUUCAACCAUGACUCAAACUCGACGACUCUAAACAAGUUUUCCUGGAAUAACAAUGUCAAUAUGCUCUAUGUUGACCAGCCGGUAGGUACAGGCUUCUCAUAUGUGACUCUUGCGAAUGGGUUCAAAGACCUUCUCACCCGCGAAUUCACUCCUGUCGAAAACGAAGCCGAGUUACCUCCACUCAAUGCCACGGUUCGUCAAGCCACGUUCGACCCAAGUGACCCGAUCACUACCACAAAUAACACAAUGAGUGUGGCGCGGACGAUGUGGGUAUUUACACAGGUCUGGAUACAAGACUUUCCAAAGCGGCAAAGUGACAACGACCAGUUGUCCCUCUGGGCAGCCUCGUAUGGGGGAUUCUACGGGCCUACUGUCUUCCACUAUUUUCAAGAGCAAAAUAAACUCAUCCAAAAUUACCAGGCGGCCGCUCUCCCGAAUGCCACAGUUUUGAAUUUAGCGACUCUUGGUUUAACUGAUGCAUGCGUCGAUGCUCGAGCCAUGGCCCAGGGCUAUUCAACGUUUGCCUACAACAAUACCUUUGGCCUCGAAGUCUACUCAGAGGAGGUGUAUGAAGUCAUUAUGUCUAACAUCACAGACUCGGAUGAGGGCUGCUAUGGAUUGAUUGAUAGAUGUCGAGCUCUUGCUGAGGAAGGCGACCCUCAAAGCUUUGGGGCGAAUGAAACGGUCAACGAGGCUUGCAUGGCGGCAACGGAUCUCUGUUUCUUCCAACUUCAAGGUGCCUACUCGCAACUUUCGGAUCGGUCGGCUUAUGAUGUGACCCUUUCCAAUCUUACAGUUGUGCCGGAACCGUACAAUGAUGCGUUCUAUAACCAACGCUGGGUUCAGGAGGAACUGGGAGUCCCCGUCAACUUCACCAUUACCUCCGAUAUGACUCAAGCGCUCUUCAUGACUCAGGUCGGUGACCCAAUGAGGAGGUCAUUGCAUUCUCUCGAGAAAGUUCUUGAAGGCGGUGCCAAUGUCGCACUUGUGUACGGCGAUCGGGACUACCGAUGCAAUUGGUUUGGAGGAGAAAACGUCAGUCUCUCUCUUUCGUUCGAUUCAGCAGACCAGUUCCGGGCAGCUGGCUAUGAGCACAUAAAAACCAACUGUUCGUACCAGGGAGGCUUUGUGCGUGAGCAUGGCAAGCUUUCGUUCUCUCGAAUCUUUCAAGCUGGCCACGGUGUCGGUAACUACCAGCCCGAGACCCUCUCCAAGGUCUUUGACCGCGCCAUGUUCAGGCACGAUGUUGCCACCGGUCGAAUCAACCUCAAGGAAGACGCGGGCUAUUCUUCAAAAGGACCCGGGGAUAUUCGAAAUGUCAAGAAUGAAAUUCCUGCCCCUGUGAAUAACACUUGCUUCCUGUCGCAGACUACAAAUUCUUGUACAAACGAGCAAUUGGAGGCGCUGGCUGAUGGUAGUGCAAUCAUCAGAGACUUUGUAGUGGUUGAACCGAAAGGGGUGUCUCCUGCCCCACUGCCAAUACGGCCUUAG